AUGAGGCUUGGCACAACUGUCCUCUUCAAGGGUGAACAGGGAGAAUCGUCUGAAGUUGGAGCUCAUGUCAAACUGAUCUUCAGAGAUCGCCAGCCUGACACACUAAAAGAUGAGCUUAUCCUGGGACUUCAGAUGGCCCCACACAUAUCCUCAUCACAGAGUCUGCCAGUCACCUUGGCUUUGGAUUCGUCAACCCCUACCUACAGAGAGGCAUCCAAACAAGUUUUUUCGUUCGCCAAAGUAGAUGAACUUGGGUUUAAUCGCUCCAGGGCUACAUCAACAGGAGUUUCUCGGGCGUUUGAGCAAAAUAAUAAUUUUCGUCAACAGCAACCGCUACAGCCGUCCCAGGCAAGCUACAAAAUAGCAGGUCUUUCUGGAUCUCGAGCCGACCUGAAUGCCACCAUGCUGAGUAGUUCGGGACUUGGCGGUUUCUGGCGACGUAGUUGUGCAGGUGGCUCUGGUUCCAGCAACUCUUCAAGAGGCUGCCUCACUCUGAUUCUCAUCGGAGGAGGCCUCGAGGCAGCAAGAGGUGGUCGCUUUGGGGACUUUUUGCACCUAUUUCUGGUGAGAACAUGCGCUCUGAAUAAAGCUGCUAAUAAAGACCAUGGGACAGGGGCUUAUUUGAGUUGA